UUAGAAGUUAUUUCGCUACGUCGGCUACUCAGUCAUCUGACCAGACACCCAGCAUGUCUCUGCUCCAUUUUCCAAACUCUUCCCUGGAGUCUGGACCUUCUCGCUGUAACAACACCGACGGGUCUCUGAUCGGCCUCGCCUUGAUUUCCACCAGAGUCUUCCUCCUUUCUCCAGUGUCACUCUUCAUCCUCUGCCACGGCGCCCGGCGGCGGCGGCGCUCCUCCACGGCGAUGAGCCACUUUGACGUGUUUACCUUCCACCACUGCGUCCUGGAGCUGAUCUGGAUUCUGGGUUCUGCGCUGCAGUUUUUAGGGUCAGUGAUGGAGCUGCAGGUCGUGUCCAUGGCGGCUGUCUACCUCAGUUCCUGCAUUUUCCCAGGAGAGACCUUGUUUCAUGUGCUCACCUGUCUGGAUCGCUACCUGGCCGUAGUUCAUCCGGUUCUCUACGUUAGCUCGCGCAGCAGCCGGGGCGUUUCCGUCAGGAACGUUGCCGUUUUGGGUGUCUGGUUGUUGUGUUUUCUGUUUAGCUGUGCAGCAAACAACCUCAGCUCGGGGAUCUACUUCCGGCUGUUCAGUGGCUUUCUGACCUGCUCCGUGCUCCUCAUGCUUUUCUGUGGCGUUUCGGUUCUGUGCGCUCUGAUUGGUCCAGGCCCGGGGGAAAAGGCGGGAAACCAGAAGCUGGUUGACCCAACCGUCCUGAGGGCGUUCAUUACGGUCUCCGCCAUCACCGGCGUCCUCUGCGUUUGGUUCUUUGUGUUUCUGGUGUCCAGUUCUGUAAGCAGCUCUGAGCUGCUGGCGCCAAACGUUUCCUGUGUUCUGGAGGUUUCUGUGCUGUGGUUCAGUCUGCCCUGCAGCCUGAUCUUACCUCUGCUGUAUUUACUCAGAACUGGAAAGUUACAGUGUGGACACAACGGUAGGGAUGAAGGACAAGAAAGGGACUCGGCAAUAAACUAAAGUUUUCUGGUUUAGACUGAAAAAUUUAUCAAAUUCAGAUUUGUUAGUAGAUCUCUGGAAAAAUUCUUCAGUCGAGUAAAAAUUGAUUCAAUUAAGACAAAAUUAUUCAUCAAUGCAAACAAAAUAAUUAGGAAGUUAAACAUGAAAACCUUCAAGUUCAUCAUUAUUUACAAUAAUUGAUCAUUUCAAAACUAUUAGGAAAUCUUUGAGUGGAAAUAUUCCACAGCUGAAAUGAUUUAAAAGUGUCAUAAAAGAUCAAACAGACAUUAAUGAACCACUGCAGCAUCAUUACUGACUUAUUAGAAAAUAUUAAUAUGAUCAUUAUUAGGAAAAGUUUUGAAUUGA